AUGGCUGAUACGCAGGAGCUGUUUGCAGAGCUGUUUGGCGACGCGUCUGAUGGAGAAGGAGCCGACUCUCCAGACAAAAUCGACAACGAAUUCGCACACCACGACGCCUUGCUCCAGCUAAUGAACGAUUCCACCUUCCUCGGGUCCGCUAGCACCCCUCACAUCGACGAGCCGGUGCCAGGCUUCAAGAUCCACCGCAACGCUCUUCACCCAGCCCUCUGCACCGCAUUCUUUAACUGGCUCUCCGCCGAGUACUUUCCCCACACCUCCACCGACACGUCCGCAAAGAGGAUCAACCAGGGAAUGCACUUUGGCGCCAUGACCGACGCCUCCACGCCCUUUGGAUUCCUGUCCCGCAUGUGCUGCGAGCAUCCACUGCUGCUGCCAAAGGAGGUGCGUGAGCGCCCUGUGCUGUUUGAUCAAGCAAUCAUCAACCUAUACGACCCAGGCGAGGGAAUCGGCGACCAUAUCGAUCUUUUGAGGUUCGGCGAUGGGAUCGCUGGCUUUAGUUUUGGUGCGCCCGCGCUUUUGCGCUUGAGACCAGUCAAGGACGAUGAUAUUGAGAGAGCAGCAAGGUAUGCAGACCAUGACAACGGGGUGGUCCCAGGCGAGGUAUCGGCAUGGAUCAAGCCAGGGGAUAUCUACGCGAUGGCGGGCGAUGCACGGUUCCGCUGGUCACAUGGGUUUCCAGCUCUGCACCAUUCGGGUGACCCAGUCCUCGAUGGGCGCCGCAUAUCAGUAACGCUGCGCAAGCUUGCAUAA